ACAACGAUUCAGACAAAGAGGAGCAGCCGCGCCCCUGGAGUCUACAUGAAAGCCUAGACUUGGUCAGACAACAUCAGCGUCUCUUCACCUCCCUCUUGCAGCUCCUGCCCCCGCGUCGCAAGGCCCUAUUUUGUGGAUCAGACUUCUCCCUGGUGACAGAUCACAGCACCUCACGCGGCACACACUGAAAAAGAGAUGCGACGUCAGGUUGGGCUGUCCACUGCCUUGUGCUGUUGCCUGUUGGCCAGCGUAAUAGAUCAGAGCACAGAUGACUAUGGAUCCUUUCCGGCCUGCCCGUGCCGCCGUCGAUCCGGUCGUCAUCAACAUCCUUGUCACUAUUCUCUCCUCCUCUGCCGCCUCCUCCCCGCCCUCCACCCUCGCAGACGCGGAGAGAAUCGCCAACAAGGCCAUCCGAAAGCGCAUGCGCACGGAUGCCCCGGAGACCGCUUUGACUGCGGAGGAACGUCGCUUGAUCUAUGCCCGUGUUUACGGUGUGGAGGUCUUGCGUGCCCGGCUUUCUUUCCUCUUGGAACACGCCGUGGCGCAAUCCAGUCUGGUGGGCCGACGUUUUGGGCCGACGUUGGCGGACUUCGGCCUUCCCAUGGACGCGUCCGGGGACCCGAUGCUGGUGGUGAACCGGGCGGAGUGCCUGUUGGCCUUGUACAUGCUGACCGAGGAGGUGGACGGGGAGGGACGGCCGCCGCGGGUGGACUUUUUGGACUCGGACCGGCUCGAGGUGUUGGGGGCGGUGAGUCGGGAAGGGAUGACGGAGGGGGAACGAGAAGCCCUGUUCGACCAGGUGGACGACCCGUCGGAGAGAUUGGCCGCGCGCCGCUCCCUCCCGUCCUGGCUGGCAGCUCGUUUCCUGGAACAGUUGGGCAAGGAGGGGGCGGAAGCCUUGGCCCUGGCGUUGAACCGAAAACCCCCGACCACUUUGCGGGUGAACACACUCAAGACGAGCCGGGAGAAAGUAGUCCAGGAGCUCAAGAAGCGCGGCGUACCUGCCGCCGCCACCAAGUAUUCCCCCUGGGGCGUGACGGUCGGGGACGUGGAAGGGGGUUUCCGUGUCUUCGAGCAGGACAUGUACAAGCUUGGCUAUGUGGACCUGAUCAACGAGGCGAGCCAGUGCGUGGCGCUGUCGACGGGGGCGAAACCCUACGACAUCGUCCUCCUGUACGGAGCCCGGAAGGGCGCAAAAGCCCUGGCUUUGGGGAGCAUGCUGCGGGGCAACGGGAUGAUCUACUUGUGGGAGCCUUACUUGCGGCAACACUACCAACUUCGCGAGGCCAUCCGCCGGGGCCAGGCACAGGACUUGAUGGAGGUGCUGCCCAACGUGAUGGCGGCCAUGCGGAUCAAGGCGGACGUGGUGCUGGUCGAUGCCCUCUGCAGCAACACGGGGGCCCUCUCCCACCAUCCGUCCAUGCGCUGGCUCAAGAAUGAGACGCACAUCUUGGAGACCUUAGUGCCCCAACAGCGUUCCGAUCUGCAGAACGCUGCCCGGGCCGUGAGUCCCGGGGGGGUCUUGCUCUACAGCACCUGCUCCCUCCUCGCCUGCGAGAACCAGGAGGUGGUGGCCUGGUUUGAAAGCACAUUCUCGGGGGAGUUUGAGCCCUUGCCCUUCGACAAGACGGGGGGACCGGGCGGGAACUGCCGGGCCCUGCUUCCCCACGUGCACGGGGUGGACGGCACCUUUAUCGCCCGAUGGCGGCGGAAGCUCGGGUCUGCGGGGGUAGUCUCGGGAUGA